AAAAUCAAAUAAAGGCGAGGUUAGGGUUUAGGCAAAAAAGAGGAAGAGAGAACAGUCGCCUCAAAGGCGGAGCCAACAGAGGAAUAUGUCGAAGAAGAAUAGUUUAGCUCGUCGAAAAAGACAACACGAUUUCGAUCUCAGAAGGGAGAAGGAAGAGAAGGAGAAGAAGGCUAAGAAGCUUCAAGCAAAGAAGAAUAAGAUGAAGGUUGAUGGUAAUGGGAAGAAAAAGAAUAAAGGUGGAAGCGGCUUUCAAGUAGGGAAGAGGAAAUUGAAGACCAAGUUAACUGAAGCUGCUAAAGCCAAAGCAGCUCAAGCAAUGGAGCUCGACAAAUGAGGGAAAUGUGUUCACCAUAUGGGUAUUAUGCAAGGAUUUUGCUUGAUGAUUGGGGUAUAUAUUUUUUGAAUUUGUUCCAAUGGAACUCCAUUUGAUCAAGUUCUUUGUUACCAUCACUUGAUGAAAGCAACAAUUGAAAGAAUUGUGAAUUCAAUAUAUUCAAUGGCAACCAGUUCCUCUCUAAAAUCCA